ACUGGCCACCAUGCUGGGCUCAGGGCUGAUCCUGGUGGCCAUACUGGCCUACCUGAGUGUCAUGGUCUUGGUGUUUGUCUGGAAGCAGAAAUUCAGGGGGAAACUCCCUCCAGGACCCACUCCUUUGCCUUACAUUGGGAAUUACCUGCAGCUGAAUACAAAAGACAUCUACAGCUCCAUCACAGAGCUCAGUGAGCACUACGGCCCCGUGUUCACCAUCUACCUGGGGCCUCGCCCCGUCGUGGUGCUCUAUGGAUACGAUGCAGUCAAGGAGGCUCUGGUGGACCAAGCGGAGGAGUUCAGUGGACGAGGCGAGCAGGCCACCUAUAACACACUCUUCAAAGACUAUGGUGUGGCGUUCAGCAGCGGGGAACGAGCCAAGCAACUCAGGCGCUUCUCUAUCGCGACACUGAGAGACUUCGGAGUGGGAAAGCGCGGUGUGGAGGAGCGUAUCCAGGAGGAGGCGGCCUAUUUGAUCAAGAUGUUACGGAGCACCCGCGGAGCACCCAUUGACCCUAACGACUACCUGAGCCAAACAGUCUCCAAUGUCAUUAGCUCCGUUGUCUUCGGGGACCGCUUCGACUACGAGGACAAAGAGUUCCUGGAACUGCUACACAUGAUGAAUGAGAUGAACAAAUUUGCAGCUUCUCCCGUAGGACAGCUCUAUGACAUGUUCCACUCAGUGAUGAAGUACCUGCCUGGACCACAGCAACAGAUCAUCAAGAAUACAAAGGAACUGGAAGACUUCAUGAUCAGGAAAGUGAAGCAGAACCAGAGCACCCUGGACCUCAACUCCGCACGGAACUUCAUUGACUCCUUUCUCAUCCACAUGCAUGAGGAGAAGAAGAACCCCACUUCCGAGUUCAACAUAAAGAACCUGGUGAUGACAUCACUGAACCUCUUCUUUGCUGGUUCUGAGACAGUCAGCUCCACGAUACGCUAUGGCUUCCUGCUGCUCAUGAAGUACCCAGAGGUGGAGGCCAAGGUCCAUGAGGAAAUUGACCGGGUGAUUGGCAGGAACCGACAGCCCCAGUUUGAGGACCGCAUGAAGAUGCCCUACACGGAGGCUGUCAUCAAUGAGAUCCAGAGAUUUGCUAAUCUUGCUCCCUUGGGCAUUCCUCGGAAGACUAUCAAGAACACCACAUUCCGUGGCUUCUUCCUCCCCAAGGACACUGACGUGUACCCCAUACUAGGUUCUCUGCUGACUGACCCAAAGUUCUUCACCAGUCCCAAACAUUUCAACCCCCAGAACUUCCUGGAUGACAGAGGGCAGCUGAAGAAGAUUGCUGCUUUUGUGCCCUUUUCCGUAGGAAAGCGGUUCUGUCUGGGGGACGGCCUGGCUAGGAUGGAGCUCUUUCUCUUCCUCACCACUAUCUUGCAGAACUUCCGCUUAAAGUUCCCAAAGAAGCUGGAAGACAUCGACGCGUCCCCCAAACCGUUAGGAUUUUCCAGGAUCAUACCACGUUACACCAUGAGCUUCCUGCCCAUCUGAUUCUGGAACCAACCAAGGUGGAGCAAAAUGGGGGUAGAGUCUGGAGUGAGGCCAGAGGCAGAGCGAAGGGAGAAGGUGAAAAUUGGGUUUAAGGGACCACAUGCCUGGAAGAAAAUUUAUGCACCUACUUAAAUUGGGAUGCUAAUAAAACGAAUAACACUC